UCCUCUACCAGUUCCGCUAUUGAGUUUAGCAGACCAGACAGAAUAGCGGCCACUAUUCUUUUCCUCAUUUAUAACAUUUAGAAAGCGUAUUGUAUUGCAUAUGAUCAAUUUUCUGUCUUACUGAACUCAGUUUAAUAAUUUAAUUGGCUUAUAUACAGUUAGACACCUAAUUAAGUCGUUUUUGUUAGCCUCCCGCUAGUUAGCCUUGGCUAACUACUCAUUGAAAACAUGGCAAGUGCAGCAAAUAGCAACCUAAAUGCAGUCCGGGAGACAAUGGACGUGCUGCUGGAGAUCUCCAGGUUGCUGAAUACUGGUUUGGACAUGGAGUCUUUGUCUAUAUGUGUGAGACUGUGUGAACAAGGCAUCAACCCUGAGGCCCUGUCUUCUGUCAUCAAAGAGCUGCGUAAAGCCUCAGAGUCCCUCAAGGCUUCUGAAAACUCCACAAACUGAAAGUGAAAACCAAACACCUCAGUGUGGGACUUAAAAUGAUCCUGGGAUCUGUACUAACCAUGGCCUCCACAGCCACAGUCAGAUUUGUGUUUGUGUUGGCGGUCUUCACCCGUCAGUGACAAGCAUGUUUCUAUUCUGCCUAUUUGACUCAAGCCCGAUUUUUUGUGUCGUGGUAUUGACCCAGGUCUUCCUUUGAAAUGGUCUUCUCCAAACAUGAAUGUGAACAGAGUAUUUUUGUCUCAAAUGUAGACCUGUUCAAAGUUUCCCCCAACAACAUUUGUGCACUUUAAGUUCACAGACGUGUUAGUGUUGUUGUCCUGCCUUAAUUUAUUUUUUGAACUUGUGUGGAACUUUUCAUAAUGAUGUUUUUUUUUUUACCCUUUUUUGUCUAUAAUUUCAGAGCUUUUGUAUUGAUUUUGAAUUAGGUAAUGCAGGAUUUUAAUCCUUCUGCCAUUUUUGUUGUGCAUUCAACCUUCAACCAUCAACGAUGGAACCAAAAAAUCGAAAUAAAAAAAGUUGCAGUCAACAGCCACUAGGUGGUGGUGUCAUCCCUAUUACAGUCUGGGGGACACUGCUGAAGGUCUUCAUUGGUUGUUUGUGUCCAACUGUGCAAGUUUCUGUCUUGAUUCAUCAAAAGUAAUUUAAAUGCAAUCAUUUUGGCAGGUGCAAGGACUUUUAAAUCACAUUUUAAGUAUAAAUAUAUCUCCCUUUUUCUGUGUUGAUCCCAUUUUAGAAGAUUUUCCCCUAGUGAUACUCCUUCUGGUCCCUUGUCAUUAGAAAUAUCCCAGGCAUUUUACAAAGGAAACAAUAUUUCCUGUCAUACUAGGUGAAAGGAGCACAUGAAGAGGUGGGCAAUUGCACAGUACAAAAACAGACCGUGCAGGAGUGAUCACACCCACAGCUAACAUACCUCACAAAAGAGACGACAUAAACAGAGGUCAUUCAUUACAGCAGAAAUUGCUCCAAAAUCCUUUACUGCCGUUGUGUAAAAAACUGAGGUAUAUUGCAAACUUGACAAAAUAAACCCAUCUUUGUUCAAGCAGA